AUGACAGGAGGAAUGUGUCUCGAACAGACUGUUGAUCUGAAACGUGGAUCAAAAUCAGCUAUGGAGAAUGCGCUUCGGAGGCUUCUUCUUAGUGAAGCUCGCGUAGUAAUUGUCUUGCUUGGUGAAAAGAAUUGGAUAGAACUAAUGAAAGCUUUACGUACAGAACUGGUUAUUGCUGGACGAUUUAUCUUUUUCUCACCUCAGGAAUCACGUUGGUCUUCGUCAAAGAAAUUUCUGGAGCAAUGGCCACAGUUUGAUCAACUGCUUCUUACUGUCACACCAGAAAAAACGUCGGGACCAUCCGAACUGCUCCAGCUAGCUACUAGAUUUGCUAAUCUUCCAUUUCCACAACACUGGCUCAAACAAUUUUGGGCUACCGCCUUUCAAUGUCAUAUCGAUGGCGAAGUAACACCUGGACAGCAAUUCUCGAAAGAAUGUUCGCACAAACAGAUAUUGAACGUGACCACCAUUGCUCCUGACGUCGACAUAGCUCCUAUCUCUAUUGCGGUUAGUGCAAUCGCUCAUGCUACUAGGAACAUGGUCGAUAGUAUUUGUCCAGGUGCUCUAAUUCAACGUAUUAGCGAUUGCUUGAAUGAACCGCAAGAAGCACUGUUUUCUACAAUUCAUUCGUUGCAUUUCUCACAUCCUUUUUCUCAUGAACUGGUGUCAUUCAACGAAACAACACUCUACCGUGACCAUACGUUAAUCGUGAACCGAGUUCUUUUCGAUGCCCAACUGGAGUACGAGCCAAUUGCAAAAUGGAAUCAUCACCUUGGCUUCAAAUACACGGCCGUUUCGGAACUGGUUAUGGAGGAACGAGAUGGAUCCAGAGUUCCCCUAACAUCUACAUGUCCAAGGUCGGCUUGUUCCGCAGAAUUGUCUCGACGAAGGCAAGCUGGUGAUUCUCCAAAAUUUAAGGAUUCUCUGAAGAGUGUUGCUGUGCUGGUGUACGCCGUUUGUGCAGUACUCGCUUUCUUCGUCUGUCUAAUGUGUAUGUACCAACGAGUGGUCUGCAGAACAAGCGACAACUAUAGGAUUUGUACCUCGUAUACGUUCGGAGGUUUGGCUAUGCUUUGUCUCGUUUCAAUCACGUUCUUCAUGACACCGAAUCCCAUUGGGUGUUUUUCCCGAAGAAUCCUCUUUCCAGUCGCAGUCACCGCUAUUUUCGCACCAAUCACAGUCAAAAGUAUCUGUAUUUGGAGAGCAGAUCUUCUGGCAGCUCGUGGAGAAGUAGGACAGGCAGCCGGUAGUCAUUCUGUGUUUACUUUCUGGAUUUGUGCUGGAAUCGUCCUAGUACAGAUCGUGAUCUCAUGCGAAUGGGCUGUGUUUGAGUCGGCUGCGGAGAUGACCUAUGUUGCGUCGAUACGUCACGGAAAUUCUUGGAGAUGCGCACCUGGUAGCGAUUUCGAACAUCGCGUUCUAUGGUCGUGCGCUUUGAGUGGUGUGAUGAUAAUCGUAUCUUUGAUCUAUUCGACUCUAACCGUUCGUCACAUCCAGAGUCGCCAGAACAUCCUGAUCUCGGUGUUGGCAGUGAUCUUUGCGACCGCGCUCUACAUUGCUCUACCUCUUUUAUCCUUCAGGCUCAGAGAUAUCAUAUGCGCUACAAUGCAACUGACGCUUUGUUUUAUCGUCACUGUCGUCUCCUAUUGUCAACGAGCAUUUACAUCGGACGAUAGCGAAUCUAGCAAUAUAUCGCUUGUUCCUAGCAGUAUUCGGCAAUCUCAACAGAUUCAGCCGUAUUGGGUUGAGACAACGACAACACGUUCUAUAUCACAGAAACAGGCACUUUUCGACGACUACCACCAUGCGUCAACUUUUGUUCGUCGUCCGGAAAAAAUAGAUAUUCGUCUCAAUUCAAAUGCGAAAUAUGGACAGUCCGAAUAUGGUUCAUCGGCAACUUCCAAUAAUCUCGUCUCCGCUGGCCGACCUAAUUCACAACAAAUUAAGGAUAAUGAGAAAUAUUGUCUUCCUCCCUCAUCAAAUGCGAAAUACGGACAACAGAAAUAUGCUGUUGACAAUGAGAGUGAGGAAGAACAAAAUGCUCGACUUUAA